CCGCUUGGUCACACCUCUACCUCAUUCGACCCGCACAACAAAAACAACAACAACAAAGCGUAACACAGCAAAAAGAAAAACACAGCGAAAAAGAACAAGCUGCCAAAUACUUGUGUUUGAAUUUCACUUUCCGGCGGAGAAGUGCGUGUCUUAAUUGCGAUUUUUCGGCUACCCCCACACACACACACGCACGCACACAGUGAUUGCGCAAUUCCAGUGGAACGAGGUGAGUGUGUGCGGUGUGUGUGUGUAAACAACAAACAGUUGGGACAAAACGAAACAACGGGAUUUUCGUGGAGAACGAGUGGAACUUUUGAUGGGCAACUCGCAAACGCGGAAUUCGAGCAGCAGAAGCCGAAGGCCCCAAGGAGCAGCAGGUGAACUAGGCGCCACCACCGAUCAUCAGGAGGAACAUCAGCAGGAGGAGCAUCCAACCCCCAGUAACAUCCAACUCCAGGCAGAGGCCCCAAUCCAAUCCCUUCCAGCCGAGGAGCCACCACUACAAUCGCAGCAGCUCUCCACCUGGAGUCUUGGCAGUCUUAGCGGAGGACGACUCAACUGGAGUUUCUCCGGGGUCCGCAACUCGUUUCGUCAUCGAAACAAGGCCACACGAAAGAGCUUGACAUCGCUUCAUGGCUCUCGUCGCGGCAAAACUCAGUGGCACCGGCCUCUGACCAACUCAAUAUUCAAUUCGCACUUCAAGGAGUCCAGCCGGAGCGAUCAGUACCGCAUCGAGCAUCUGGUGGCCAAGGGAGCCUUUGGUGUGGUCUUCAAGGUGUGCAAUAAGAACGACAGCAAUCUGUGCUACGCUUUAAAAGUUCUUAAAAAGUCAAAGCUCAUCGAGGACAAUAGUGUGCGGCAGAUUAAGGACGAGGCGGAUAUACAAAAGGUCUGCGGCCAUUACCCGUUUAUUGUGAGGCAAAUUGAUCUGUGGCAGAACCGACACAACCUUCACAUUCUAUCGGAAUACGUCCCCAACGGCGAGUUGUUCUCAAAAAUAACCCACUUCUCAAUCGAUCUGGUUCGACUGUAUGUUGGCGAGAUAGCACUUGCUCUGGAUUUCCUUCACAACGCCGGCAUUAUCUAUCGCGAUGCCAAGCCGGAGAACAUCCUGCUAACACAUCAGUUUCACAUUAAACUUACCGACUUCGGCCUUAGCAAGUGGCUCAAACUGGGUGCUAAUACGCGCACCAUGUGUGGCACUUUCAAAUACAUGGCACCGGAGAUUCUGUGCGGCGAACCUUAUGGCCAUGCUGUGGACUGGUGGGCCUUGGGCGUUAUUGCCUGCCAGAUGCUGACGCAGAAGUCGCCAAACAUAAAACGUCAUCUUUUGCGACGCCGUAAGGAAAGUUUGGAACCGGAGGACGGGCUGUCCAAUGCCCCCUCCAUUGCUCAAAUCAACGGCUGUCUGCAGGACAGUGACGCCGACAGCGAGGACUUUCUGCCGGAGGAGGUGCAGGACCUCUGCCACGAGGGCAAGGAUGUGCUCCGCAAGCUGCUCACCAUUGAGCCGCGCCAACGAAUCCGAAGUGUGAUGGCCCUUCAAAGAAUCGCCCUGUACAAAGGCUACAAUCUGACCUCCAAGCAACUCCUUAGCCUCUCACCACGAGAAAUCAUUGCCAAGGAUAGAAUAAGGAUCUAUGAGGAUAGACAAUACGAUCAGGUAACCAGUCGAUGUGCCAUGAACGCAUUCCUGGACUUCUAGCAACCGAAUCGAAAAAGCUACUUAAACAAAACCAGAAGAACAAAGUGUUCAGCCAUAUUUACUAUCCAUUCCACUUGUUUUUGGUAUCACUAAACCCGCAACCUUCCAUUUAAAUUGCAAUUUGUGAAAAGAUGUUUUAUUAAUGUCUUUAUUUUGAAAGUAUUUAUUCUUAAAUUUUAGAACAAAUGUUUUGGUAAUUGUAAAAAAAAGUGAUUCAAUAAAUUAUGCCUUAUUCGAUGAUAA